AUGCAGCACCGAGACAUCGACGAGAUUGCGCACUAUGUCAGCCUCAACCUGGAGGCAGAAUGGGAGGAUCCGGAGUCGACGGUGUUGCGGGUAGCUCGGAAAUCGGGAGGUGUAUUUCUAUGGGCCGAGCUUGUUGUCGGUAUACUCAACGCUGCCAUCUUGGAGGGGGCCACACAGGCCCUGAUCGACAACAUGAUUCUCGAAAUGCCCGGCUAUCUGGAUGGGCUGUACGAGUGGAUGCUUUCGACAUUGACAGAGGAGGAAAAGGUCGAAACGUUGGCACUCUUCCAAUGGGCAAUAUUGGGGUCAGAGCCAAUGCGACUGGACGAUCUAGUGACUGCAGUUCGCGUCACAGCGUCAUGGACGACUGAUGAGAUGCAGCCAGAAAAUGCGUUGGCUGUCGACCCUCCCAUGUCGUUUCGCAGCCUCGGCGACCUGGGAGCGACCAGUCUCCGGGACUGCAAAGGCUGGCUUAAUGUCGCGUCACUCGGGUUACUCGAAGUCCGAACUGAGCCGGACGAUGUAGAGAGCGAGGAGUUGGGAUUGCAACGGGUUCACGUCAUCGACGAGUCGGUACGCACUUUCUUCUUGUCCGGUCGUGGGUUUGCCGCGCUGGACAAGAACAACGAGACCACUUUCUACUCUCACUCUUGGUCGGAGCAUGACCUAGGAGAUGUCUCGCACUAUGUCCUGCUCAACGCAUGCAUCAACUUUCUCAACAUGACGGAUUUCGAUUUCCUCGGCCGCGAACUUAGCCGAGCAACCACGCGAGCCAACAUAGCAUAUUGGCGAGCGAAGCAGCAUGAGCAGAGGCGGCUGAUCAUAUCCAGCUAUCCAUUCUUACAGUACGCAGUGGAUAAUCUGCUGUACCACAUGCUAUCGCCACGCCAGUUUCGCUAUUAUCUACCGCAAAAGGACAUUUUAAAUCUCUUUGCGGCGAAUAAUUGUCGGCUUUGGAGGAGAUGGACAUUUCUGAUUGGCGUGAGAAUAAACGAGCCAGAAGCGGCGUUGGCUGUCAGCACCGAGGGGCCAGCGGGACCAUUGUUAGAUCCGGUAUACGGGGCUCGUUUUCGUUUAGAAAGGGUGUUUAGGCGAGUGAGCAAGAUGGCAGAAAUCGAGCAUAGGGUGAGCUUCAAGAUUCAAGACGAGGGCGAGUUAAAGGGCGGCUUGGAGCAUGGAAAACUGAGUUUAGGAAACCUGAAGCAAGACGACAACAACAGCCUACAAAGACAGCAUCCGACAUUCGUUGGUCUACCUCGAGCGCUUUCUGAGCCUGUACCACGAAAACUCAAAAGCUGCCUCAAGGUUGACAUUCGGCCGAAGCCGCUGGAGGUUACCGUGGCGACCCCGACAUCUCCUGGAAGCUCAAGCUACUCGAGGCAUGAUCGGAUCGUUUCAUACACGUCAACCGAUGUGCCGUCAAUCUUUUCCCCGGUUGACAUAGGGUCUCCAAAGUCUGUGCACAGCUUGAUGAGUCCACUGUCGGUGCUCGAGGCCACUUUUGAAGCAGCUGCCAAAGGAAGGGAUAUUUACGAUAGUGUUUAG